AUGGGCUCAGAAGAGAAAGCUGCCAUCAUAUUUAAUGCCACAUUUGUUCGUCCUGCAAAAUUCUAUCUCAAUGGGUUUUCCAACAUCCCUCAUGUUAAGUAUUACUAUGUCUUCCUGUGUUUUGUCUAUAUCAUGACUGUUGUUGGGAAUGGCCUUCUUCUCUCAGUUAUCUACCUGUUCAAGACUCUUCAUACGCCUAAGUACAUGAUUGUGUUCAACUUGGCUUUUACAGAUUUAUGUGGGAGCACUGCUCUCAUUCCAAAAGUCUUGGACACAUUUUUGUUUGACAGGAGAGGCAUUGUUUACGAGGCUUGCUUAAGUUACAUGUUCUUUGUUUUGUUCUUCACAAGUAUGCAGUCAUGGACACUCGUCACUAUGGCAUAUGACAGAUUUAUAGCAAUUUGCUUCCCUUUAAGGUAUCAUAGUAUUGUGACUAAACCAGCUAUUGCGGCAAUGCUGUUGUUUUCAUGGAUUUUUCUAUUGAGUGCAAUGGCAUUCAUGGUUGGGCUUAUCGAUCGCCUCUCCUUCUGUGAAUCUGUGGUGAUAAAAAGCUUUUUCUGUGAUCAUGCACCAGUAUAUCGUCUGGCCUGUAAUGACAUUUCUUUAAAUUACAUGGUAGCAUUUUCCCUUUUCAUAAUAAUUCUCUGUAUUCCUCCUGUAUUGAUAGCUUUGACAUAUGUUUUCAUUUCCAUAGCACUGAGCAGGAUUGCAUCAGCAGGGGAGCGACUCAAAGCAAUGAAAACUUGUACUUCUCACUUGUUCCUUGUGGCUAUUUUCUUUUUUCCCUUCGUGGGCACCAACAUAGCUGGACUUGUCUCCUACAUCCAUCCUAAUGCCAGGAUCAUAAACUCUACUUUGACACAAACCAUACCAGCUUUGCUCAAUCCCAUUAUAUAUUCUUUAAAGACAGAAGAAGUGCUAAACUCUAUCAGGAAACUUUGCAAAAGAAAUAGGCUCAGCAACACAACCUUGUCCAAAAGAUGA